GAGUUAUUUAUGAUUUGUCCCCUCCUCUAUGUGUACAUGCUUCUUGCUCUCUCGUCUUGCAAAUCAGAACUGCAGCACCAGGCCUGCUGUGUAACCAUCUCUUAUACCUAUCGGCUUCCUUGUCUUCUUCAUAUCAGUCACAGUCAGGCUCUUGCAAUCGACUACCCUCGCUACUCACAUCAUACAAGCACACUUUGAAUAUCCAGGGGCAUGCCGAACAUGUGGUACCACAUUUCCAACGCCAACGAGUACCUCGUUGUUACGGGCGCCAACAUCGAUGAUGUCCGUAUCGUCAAGAAAGCCUUUGUCUAUCCAUGGCAACGGGUCGCACGUAUUUCAGUCUCUCCUUUCGACUUCUCUCUCAACCUACAGGCGAUGACCAUCGAGAAACUGCAGUUUGCUCUACCUGCCGUCUUCACCAUCGGCCCUGACAACAAGCCCGACGCACUCAAGAAAUAUGCACUCCUCCUCAGCGGCAACCCGGAUGGCACCUCGACAAACUCAUCAAAGCCAGGCACUGCUAUCGUGCCAACUCAGCGAAGCCAUGUCCAGGACAUCGUCAAGGGCAUCAUCGAAGGUGAGACCCGAGUCAUCGUCUCGAGCAUGACCAUGGAGGAGAUUUUCAAGGAACGGCAAGUCUUCAAACAGAAAGUCAUCGAAAAUGUGCAGAAAGAACUCGAUCAAUUCGGCCUCUGCAUCUACAACGCCAACGUCAAGGAGCUGCAAGACACCCCCGGAUCAGAAUACUUCGCCUUUCUCUCGCGAAAAGCGCAUGAGGGCGCCUCGAACCAAGCGCGCAUCGACGUCGCGGAAGCCCGCAUGCGAGGCGAAAUCGGCGAGGCCGGGAAGCGCGGCCACACGAAGCAAGAAAUCUCCAAGAUCGAGGCCGAGACUGCCGUGCUCGAGACCAAGCGCAAAGCCGACAAGGCCCAGGCUGACGCCGAGUUGACGAAUCGUCAAACCGAGCUGGAAAUGGGCAUACGCAUGGCGCAAAUCAAAGCUCAACGCGCCGCCGAGUCUCGCGACGCGGAGUUGCAGAGGGAUGUCGAGACCAAGAAAGCCGCGACGGAAUUGGAGCGGCUAAGAGCCAAGGACCUCGUGCGCGCACAGAUCGCAAAGGAAACGGCCGAGCGCGAAGCGGACGCCAACUUCUACCGCGACAGCAAGAAGGCCGACGCCAAAGCGUACGCGGAAAAGCAAGAUGCCGAUGCACAAUUGUUCAAGCAGCAGCGCCAGAUCCAAGCAAACGUCGAGCGGCAGAUGAAGGAGGCAGACGCCAACUACCAUGCCAGAAUGCGCGAAGCAGAGGCCACACAGGCCCAGGCCCAAGCGUACAAGGCUCUGGCAGAUUCCUUUGGCGGGCCACAGGGUCUCUUGACGUACAUGAUGAUCAAGGAGAACACCUAUGAGAAGCUCGCCCUGGCCAAUGCCAAAGCCAUCCAAGGCUUGCAACCCAAGAUCACGGUCUGGAACACAGACGGCGCCGGUGUCGGUGCCGGUGCCGGCGCUAUGGGAGGUGCCGAGGGCAUCAUGCCGAUCAAAAAUAUCAUGCAAUCGCUACCUCCGCUGUUGAGCACGAUCCACGACCAGACGGGCAUUGCGCCUCCCUCGUGGAUGGUCAAGAUGCCCGACGAAGGUGUCAAUGGCAAAGCGAGCCACAAUGAGAAGAGGAUGAUGCUGAAAGAGGCGGCAGGCAAGGACGGCACCAAGGCGUGACUCGCGGCUACAUCGAAGACCUCCCAGGACUGGCAGGACUGGCAGGACUGGAAGGGAAACGACAAGGAGAAAGACAAGGGCAAGGACCAAGGGUUGAGUGACAUGUGAGUAUGGUCCGCGAUCACAAGGUCAGCCAAGCGUCGGGGGUGUCUGUCUGGCGGAGCUCGGGAAAUCGGUAGGAUUUUUGAUGGAGCAGGUGAGGUCUACAGAGAGUGAUGGUCCCGUCGGACGAGUUUUCCUUUUUGUCUUGUUGAUGCAGCCCCAUAUUCGGAAUUCGAGUGGGAGAUACGGAGUACUGAGCCGUUACGUUUGAAGUGGUGAGGGAGCAUGUUUAACACAUAAUUGUCGCGACGAUCGGUUUACUGGCAAGGGUUGCAUUUACCGGGCUGAAUGGUUUGUUGUGCUGUGUGGUUUUAGGCUUUAAAGUACUAAGGAAUAUGCAUAUACCAUGAAGAUGACCGCAUGUACAUACAUUCAUGUCUGCUGUACCCCAAUGAUAGCGAGGUAAACUGGAAUUAAUGCCUUCAGUAGCGACAUAUUCAUGUAG